CAGGACAAGUUCUACACUUUGUGCACCAGUGGUGCCGCUAUCGCGGUUCAAGAUGUGUCGUUUUUAGAUUUAUUUUUUGUAAAAUCAUGAUAUCAUGUUUCGACCUAUUUUUUUUAUAGACAUUAGUGUAAAUUAUGUGUAGAAAUGUGGAAAAACUAAUUAUUAAACUUAUUAAAUGUGAUUAGUUUGUUUAAAAAUUAAAUUAACUAGUGCAAGGUGUGACCGCGCGUGAUUCGAGUUGGUUAUAAAUAUUCUGAAAAAAAAAUUUCAUUGCAUUACGGGUUCAUUUUUUCAUUAUUAAUGAAAAGAAUUGCAAGAUUACAGACUAAUAAGAAAAAGAAUACGAACAAAAUAUUUAAAGAUAUAUAACUAAAAAACAUAGAAAGAAAAUAAAAAAAACGACGAAAAAUAAAAGGAUUAAAAUACGUAGAAUAUAAAAACAGUAUUUACAAAAACAUAAGAAUUGUGAUUUUUAGAUACUGAUAGUGAGCAUUAACGAACAGAGAAUCACGAAUGGAGAACGAAAAACAAAUAAAAAUAUCAAUAGUUAAAAGUCAAAGGACAAGAAAAAUAUCUGUAAAGAUGCAAGUAGAAAAAAAUUUACAUCGUUAUUAGAAAUAAUAUAAGAAACAAUAGAAGGGGUAAAUUUGUGAUACAAAGAAAGAGAUAUAUAAAAAAUAAUAACGGAAAAAUAUGAAAGAGAUAAACGAAAAACAAUAAAUAGAUAAUAAGCGAAUUGUACAGAAUAAAUAAAGAAAAAAAUAUAUAAUAAAAGAAUACUGAAUUGAAACGGAGAAAAGAAAAAGAUAAAAAUAUACUACGAUAAAGAUACAAUAAAGAUACAAUAAAGAUACGGUAAAGAUAUGAUAAAGAUACAAUAAUAAACGAAUAGGAUACAGGACAAUAAUAAGGAAAUAGAAGAAAAAGGAUAAAGAAGAGGAAAUAAAAAGCGAAAGAACAAAAAAAGAAGAGCGUGAAUAGUGUGGUUUUGAAUUAAGUGCGAUAAUAAAGGUUGUGGAAAAAAGAAGAGAAGCGCAUUACAUCCUGGAGUCCGAUGUUCAGACUCGUACGAUGGCCGGGGCUCUAUCCGAGAAUGCCCCGAGGCCUAUUAGUGUCGUCGCAGUAAGCGGUGCAACAAUUGAUAAUGCAAGAAGUAAUCAGCUUAAUAGAUCGCAGGAAUCUCGUGACAAUGCGCGGUCUUUUACUUCAACGGAAGCACAAACGGAACUCCCAUUGCAAAGUGGUUCAGAAGCGCUCGAAGAUCUCAAUGGUGUUCGCGGUGCUCGUCGAAGAGAGAGACGAAUGCGAAGACAACAUCGUCGAGCUUUAAGAUCAUGUUCGAUGCCACCAUCUUAUCCUGGGACAUCAGCGGGAUGUCAGGCAUCUUCAACUGCCCCUAGAGUACCGCUAGUUACUCCUACUAGAGGAUUUUUACAUCUUCCACCACCACAUUUGGGUCUUAGGGGUCUUAGUCUUGGUCUACCAUUUCCGGUCUCGACCAGUGUCUCUCCAUUUGGCCGAGACGCAGUACCGAAGCAAUGUUGUGGCCUCGGUUCUCCUCCUGUGCGCUGGUCCAUCCUGGGUGUCGGCGUAGUAGGUCUAGUGUGUGCGGGUGCUGGUGCCCUGCUAGGAGCCCUCAGGGCUUCUGGUCGUGAUCACAUUGCUGUUGCACUUCUUAUGAUCGGUAUAGGAGUGGUUCUGGUAACGGUAAGCGCUGUAGCGUGGCGAGUGACCAGUCGAGAAAAUUGCAGCAGUUUCUUUGGUUUCGCGGGAAUCUCGAGCAGAAUCCCGCCAGCGAGGCCAAUCCAUCCAUACGCUGCCAUGAUUUAUCCGGAAUUCCAAUUUAGAACGCCACCUCCGAGUUAUCAGGCAAGCAUGCAAGAAUACAGACUUAGACUGCUUCUUUUGGAUCGAUUGCAGCCAACAUCUUCACCUCCGCCGACUUACAGAUCGAAUGCUGGAAGCAUUGUGAAUCCUGGCACGAUUAGAGAAAGCAGACCGCCGAGCUAUUGCACCAGAUCGAACGUUGCAUCAAACACGAAUGUCACGCCAUCGAAAAAGGAUGCGAAUCUCGUUAGAAUCGUUCAAACCGAAUCGGAACCAGUAAUUUUGAACGGCAAUCAAACGCCUCCAGUAGCUGCUGUUGAGGUGCUCGCACAUCUCUGAUUUAUUUUCAUCGUUUUGUAAUUAUGAUUUGUUACUGUCGCAAAAAUAUUGUUGCGAUUGAAGAUAAAAUUAUAAUUAGUAAUUUUGUAAAAAUUAUGAAUCACAUCAUGCAAUAUAACUUAUUAGGUUAUUCCAUAAGAAAUAGAAUUUUAAAAAUCAUUUUUUUUAAAAUAUAAUAGUAUUUGUUA